AUGGCGAAUCUCGAAUUUCCACCCCAAUACACCCGAGCCGGCAACACAACCCACACUGGCGAGGUGCACUCGAUUCCGCAAGACGAGCAGUUUGCAUAUGGAACCGCCGGAUUUCGCUUCCGUGCCGAAAAACUGCCGUUCAUCGUGUACCGAUGCGCGUAUUUGGCCAGUUUGCGUGCUCGUCAACUCGACUCGGCCAUCGUUAUUGUAACCCCACAACAGUUGGAAUUUUUGGCUAAAUAUUCCCAUCGUGGCGUAACACUAGACGACACCCAUCAUUGCACAAAAUAUAACCUAAAGUUGAGCACUAUGCUUGUCUGUGAUGGCUAUGAUCGAGGUGUCCCAGUUGCGUUUAUGUUGAGCCACUCGACUACAUCUUCUGAUAUUGAAGAGCUAUUCAAGUGUAUCAAAGAGCUUUAUCCAUCUUUCAAUCCAGCUCAUGUUAUGACAGAUGAAGCUAACGUUUUUUGGGCUGGGUUUCGUAAAGUGUUUCCGGUAACUGUACCGUUGGCACAUUUGCCGUACGUGGAAAAAGCAGGCAAAGAUCAUGCUAAAACUAUAAAAACCAAAAUUUUUCAGAUGUUGUCGCCACCGACUUCUAUCAAUUUCACAAAUUUCAUUCAACAUCGAAAACUGUUCAUUGGUGGAUUGAAUAUGGACACUAAUAAAGAACAGUAUUUCACUCAGUUCGGUCCAGUGGUUGAUACCGUAGUGAUGAAGGAUAACGCGACUCAAAGAUCUCGUGGAUUUGGAUUCGUCACUUUUGCAUGGAUUGCCAGUGCCGAAAUGGCCAUUCGAAAUGGUCCGCAUAAGAUUAAUGGGAGAAUGGUCGAAUUGAAACGUUCAAUUCCAAAAGAGCAAAUGAGCAAUAAUGAUGAGCAAUCAUCAUCAUCAUCAUCAAUCAAUCAAAAAUCCUCACUUCCCAAAUUCCCACCACCAAAUCCCGGCUCUAAAUUGGCUCUCCAUCAAAUUCAAUGCUCAAUUCAUACUGUAGACUCGCUUCGUUCAUAUUUCGAAUCGUUUGGCAUCGUUGAACAAAUUGAAAUCACUCCACGUGCCGAUGGAUUUGUAGUUUUUGAGGAGAAGGCGUCAGCGGAUCGAUGUCUGGCUCAUGGAGCACAACAUGAUGUGCAGGACCACAAGAUUUGGGUGGAGAGACAAGAGAAUUAG